GCUGAAUUGUUGAAAGAAAUAGUGGAGCAUGGCAAUACAUACCUGCCUCUUACAUAUACUUGUAAGUGUAAGUGUAGAAAUGUGUGCGUCUGUGACGCGCAUAUUUAAAAAUUUCGAAAAAGUAAUCGAACUACUUUGACGAAGUGUAAAACCCUAUUUUACUAUCACACUUUGCGUUGGGUUAGUGGUUGGUUGCUUAAGCGUAAAUGUGGCUUAAGGCAGGGUUGGGCGAUACUACUAUGCGCCCAACCACUCUAUGAGUUGCCACAACAGACUUACCGCCCCGAAAAUUUCCCACUAUUUUUCACAACACCUUCAGCGGGAGCGCAGCAUCCAAUUUAUGCGCUCUCUCUCUCGCGCGCGCUCUCGCACAUUGUCGCUCGCUUAUCAUGCCUGUGCUUUGGCAUACGAUCCGCUCCGGUACAUGGAGGCUGGAUAGCUGGCUUAACGGCCUAACUAACAACUAACGGCCUGCCUUGCAUGCCUGUUUGCCUGCUGCCAGUUUUGCGGCUGUCUGUGUUGGUCCAUACGCAGAUAGAAAAGUCAAUUUUUCAUCUCGGCGCAGCGCGAAGGGUGUUUUUACUUGAAAAUCGAAAAUCUUUUCACACUAAAAUUUAUUGAAUCACGAUGCACAUACUCAAAGCUUGCGUAAUUUAAAGAUUGUGGAGAAAAGCGAUAAGCGCAGCGCAUAAAAAUCAAUAAGAAAAUUCAGUAAAAUCUAUACGAAAGAAAAAAAAUUCUGCGAUUACUAUGUGUGCGUGCGUGCGUGUGUGAUUUUUUUUCUGGUGUGUGUCGAUUUUGUAUUUCGGAAACGCGAUGCGAACGCGAGCAUGAAUUUCGUUUUACGCCUUUGGCUGCAGUCGAAAUCGACAAUUGGCAGUAACGACGCGCGCGCUGACGCCAACGGCAACGUCAACGCAAGUAUCAACGCCGACAACGACAUCCACACAGCAAUCGUAUACAUGUCAGCACGCAGAGACGUCGGCAGUGAAAGCGACAGCGGCCGAGGCCGAGGCAGCCAACUAAACGGUGUGUAAAAAGUGCCAAAGUGGAGUUGGCUGUGCGCGCGUGUUUGUGUGUGUGUCUAUGUGCACGCAAAUCUGUGUGUGAGAAAAUUUUAUCGGAAUUCGGAGCGCAGAAAAAUCUAUUGACGGAGCGCGUGGUGUGUGUUCCCCAGUCAAGCGAGUACCAGCAGAUUUUCGAAAAAAAUUCAAUUGAACAUUUGCUAGUAAACAAGAUAAUAAUGUAAAAUUCCAAAAACACUUUCAAGUCAGCAACAAAAACAACACUACAAAACAAUGACAUUAAACGAACAGUGUGCAGCAGAGAACAAAAAUAAAAAUAUAUUAGCCAUAUGCCCUAAAAUAUCUUCGACAAAACUUAUAAUCAUAAUAACAAAAACAAACAUCGUCUUCCCAAUGAAUUAAAUGCACAAAUAAGUAAUAGAAAAUACAUAAUAAAUUUAAAUUUAAAAAAAAUCAACAAAUUUUGAAGCAAUAAAAGAAUUAUCAACAAAUGAAAACUGAGUGUUGAGAAGUUAAGCUUUUGGAACACCCUGCAGCUGCCAACAAUCAACGCACACAAAUUGAGAAGCAAUAAUCGACGGAAGAGUAGGUUUCCGAAAAUAUAUUAUUAAUGCAACAAAUUUUUGAGAACCCAACGCGAAACUUACACUGCAUUGCGUUUGAGUGAAGCUCGUGUUUUAAUGCGGACAGUGGUGGCGGUGGCAGUGUGGCAGCGCGGCGAUACCGGAUGGCAGAUACCACAGACCCUCGAUAUCGUGGGCGGCUCUGUUGAGGCAUGUCGUAAUGGCCAGAGAGGAGUCUCGUGGCAAGAGACCCCUUAAAAUUUGGGAUAGUUGGCGAAAUGUGCGCAAAGGCGUAGUUGUUGGAACAUUCGAGGAACUAUUAGUCAGAGGAAAAGAUAAAUUAGGGGUUCCUGCCUCAGAACCGGUGCGUGUUGUUCUGGAGUGCGAUGGAACCCAAAUUGAAGAUGGCGAAUAUUUUCGUACAUUGACGAACAAUACGGUGCUACUAUUGUUAAGGCAGGGUGAACGCUGGUAUCCAACUGGUGUGGAUGUUAUAAAAGCUGCGAUAUCAGCCAUACCGAAGAUCGUCUGUGAGACGAUUCAUGCGCUCGACUUACACGAUGAGACGCCAUCUUGGAAAAUUAUGGAUAAUAAGGGUCGUGUUACGGUGGUCCUGCAUUGGGACCAGCGUCAGGGAGGUGGAGGCGGUGGAGGAGGAGGCGGCGGCGGAGGAGGUGGAGGCGGUGUCGGCGGCGUUGGUGGCAUGGGACCGAGCGGUAGUGGUGUCAGCGGCAGUAACGGACUCAUGUCAUCGGACAAAUAUUCACCAUCGAAGAAGGGAUUAUCGGCGCAAAGUUCGCUCGAUACCAAAUCGGUGUCGUCACAAUCGUCACAGCAACGCUAUGCCAGCCCACAAAUAACCGUCAUCAGCGAUGAGGGACCAGCUAGCAUAUACCAUCCGGGCGGUGUGGUGCUGCCACCUGGCGUUGUAAUACCCGGCACCAGUAGACGCCUAUCUAAACAGGGCGGUUCAUUUGAUAGCGCAGUGGGGGCGGUGCAUGUGCAUACACCGGAAUGUGCGCAUCAUGCGCAUACGCCCAGUCGGGCGGGCAGUCCCAGCACCACGGAAUGCGAUUUUCAUUGUUGUGCGCUGCACGAGGAGGGACGCAAAAUUGCGGUGCACAAAAGUGUGGCCACAUCGCCAAUACAAGACGGCACCACAAGUCCCCAGCCGCAGCAACAACAAGCGACGCUAUCUAUGUCAUCGGUUGUGGAUCCUAUGAUGGGCGGCAGCAUGCAACGACGCUCAUCGGGCGUCAAAGGCCAUGUACGCUUUCUGGAUAUAGCGCCGGAGCGUGAUAGCUCCGAGAGUGAAACAGAAAACACCGUCAUGGAGGAUGAUAAGACGACGACGGAGAAAUUCCUGCUGCUCAUCGAUCAGCUGUCUGUCGAUCAGAAACGACAUCUCAGCAUCAAAGAUAUCGGCAUCAUAUUGGAGCGACUCAACUCGAAAAUACUCGACGUGGAGCGACUGGAUCGAGAAUCGGAAUCGGACGAUUGCUACAAUUGGACGAUAAAGGCGACAAUACGUGGUGAUGCGCUGCGCGAGCUGGGCGUCAUCUAUAAUGGUAACUAUUACGCCAUAUCCGAACAUCCCGGUUACAAGGAGGAGGUCGAAGAGAAUGGCGAAGAAGUUGAGGAGGAGGACGAAGAGGAUAGAAUAUAGAAAUGCAAUUAAUUAAAUUUAAUAUAGAAAAAAAAUAACAAAAACAAAUGAGCAGAUUAAGCAUUAAAACCGAACUCACACAUACACACACACGCAUUUACAAGCAAAAGAAUUAUAAAAAAAUAAACUAAAGAAUCAGAAAACAAAAGAAAAUGUGUAAUAAGAAGGAAUGUGUGAGUGGAAAUACAGAUUAAAAGACAUAAAAUGGUUGAAGAAAAAAAAAGAAAAGAAAGAGGAAGAGGAAGAAGAAAGUGAAUAAAUAAGCUAAAGCAUACGUUUAAGUAAAGUAUAGUGAAACAAUUUUAGUAAAUUGUAGUAAAUUAAAUAAGAACAAGAGAAAGAAGAAUAAGAAGUAACAAUAGUAGUUAAAAGGACAGUGCGGCAUAGUGAAAACAGGGAGGUGACAGAAAUCGAAAAUAGACACACACAUACAAACAUUACAUACACUCACACGCAUGUAGACAGACAUGGCACACAUACAUACAACGUGUGUGCAUAAUUGUAAGCAUUAAUAAUGACAACAUAAAAAUACCAGAAUGCAAUUCAAUAGCGUUUAAGUAAUAGUUAAAGCAAGAUGUAAGAAAAAAUUAAAUGAAACCAACAAAAAAUUAAAUAAAUUAAACGAAAUUAAAGAAACCCCGACUUGGCGCUAAACCUAACCUUAAAGAAAUUAAAAAACUAACUUGACCUAAAACACACAAACAUUUGUAGGUUAAUAGAGAUGUUAAUAGCGCGUAGAAGGCAGCAAUACACAGUGAAAAACUUGCAUAGCCAACCCAAGUAUGUACCGGAAAGCACCACACACGCAUUAACAUUAACGCAGAAAUAAAAAAACAACAAUAACAAGUAAAUAAAUGAAAUAAUAAAUUCAAAAUUCUAAAAUAUCGCAGAAAAAUUAAUCAAUCAAUCGUUUUUACAUACACGCACAUACACACAUAUAAACAUGUGGACUACGUCAUUCAUGAACUAUUUAUGAAAAUAAGUUUAUUAAUUAAUCGUUAAACCUUAGACACACAAUUCAUAUUAUAUAAAACAUUUAUAUAAUUAAUUUAUAUAAAAGCAGCAACUCAUUUACCUUCUAUGUGAACCAAUGGAAUUAUUUAAAUCAAAAAGAACAGUUAAGUUUCUCUCACACAAAUCUCAAUGCAAACAAAUGUGAUCUUACUCAAUCUACUCAUUACACAUUUAAGUAUUUAUUUAUGUCUAAUUAUGUACAUAUGUAACGGUACACAUAGUGCACAUAUAAACAAAUCUUCAUGUGUGUAAAUAAUUUGAAUUUAAUAAUUAUGCAUAUAAUUAAUUUCAAAAUACAGUGAAGGGCAUUGAAAUAGAGUAGGAAUAUAUUAAAACUCUCAAAUUUAUUUAAAAAAAAAGUUUUUCUUGUUAAUAUUUUAGUGUGAAUAAAUAAUAUGUGCGUGUGGC